AUGGACCAUACUGAUCAAAAUUCUGAGUUACGGAUGAACUCUCUACUUUCAAAGCUUAUGGGGGCAUUCAAAGACUUGAAACAGGAGCUUCGUGAUGAUAUGGCUAAGGAUAUUGAAGUGGUUCAAAAGGAUUAUGCUUCGUUAAAUCACACAAUUGUUGAUGUUUUGAAAAUUUUUGUGAAAUUAUACAAAGCCAUGAGUCCUCAGCUUUCUCAGUUGUCAACUCAACAAAUGAACAAUUUAACUAAGAUUACUUCUCAGUUAACUGAGUUGAAGGGGUUGCUCAUGAAGUCCAGUUCUUCUUCGUUAAUCACUCCUGAAUUUUUAUCCUAA